CGGGGAAGAUAAAAACAGAGCACACGGGAUAGCCUUAGCUUUUGUUCUGUUUUCUGAGGACGGGUUUGAGGUUUAGCUAAACAUUUGAGUGUUUUCAGUGAAAAUGUCUUCAGUUCCGCCUCAGAGAGAGUUUAUCAACGAGCAGGUAACUCCUGCUGGAGAAACAUUCACAGAGUGUAAAGAAAUCAACGUUAAGAUGGAGGAAGAGAUGGAGGAUCAGCGCAGACUGAUGGAUUUUACCCGGAUACCGAGGAUCAUCUUACACCGGAUAGAUCUGUGGAAAGAGGAGGAGGUUCUAAAUGAGCCCUGCAACCAAGAGGAAAACUCCACUUUAGAACAAGAGGAACCAGAACCUCUGCAGAUAAAACAGGAACAAGAAGAACCAGAACAUCAACAGUUCAAAGAGGAAGAGAAGCAACUCUGCAUCAGUCAGGAUGAAGAGCAGCUUGUGCUGAAACAGGAGACUGAUGACAAUUUGGUGAUUCCAUCUAAUGUACAAAUAUUCCACAAUGAAACAGAAUCACAGAGGGACCAACUCAUCUCUCAUGGCUCUGCUGAGGAUGAGAACCAGGAUCAGGAAGGAAGAAAUUCUGAAGACCUAGGAAAAAAGAGAGACGAAGAACAGAAACAAAAGGAGAGAUGUCAGAAAACCAAAACUUGCAGUUCAAAACGAAAACUACGCAAGAAAUCUCGUGCUCGCCAAAUACGAUACUUUUGUAAAAUUUGCCAUAAAACUUUUUCUCGAAACGCAUCUUUGACUAGCCACAUGAAAAUUCACAACGGCAAUAAACCUUUCACAUGUACAGUCUGUAGAAAAAGUUACAGGCACAAGAGGGGUUUAAUUCAUCACUUGAGAAUUGUCACAGGUGAAAAACCGUUCACAUGUUCAUUAUGUGAAAAACAUUACCAUUUAAAGGGCGCUUUAAAGAAUCACAUGAGAAUUCACACAGGUGAAAAACUGUUCACAUGUUCAUUAUGUGAAAAACAUUACCGUUUUAAGAGCGGUUUAAAGAAUCACAUGAGGUUUCACACGGGUGAGAAGCCUUUCUCUUGUGUGACUUGUGGAAAAAGUUUCAUUCAGAAACGCACUUUAACUGUUCAUAUGAGAGUGCACAUAAUGGCAUAAUUUGAAUCUUAACUAUCUGUGGCGCACCUAAAAAUGCCACCACAUAAUUUUGGUUGUUUCAUAAUUUUUAAAUAUUUUCAUGUGUAAUUUAUUGUAUUUUGUUCCAAAAAUGAAGAAGUUAUAUUUAGUUUGCAUUACGGGAUGUUAAUCUGCCUGCAUCUACAGUGCUUUCUUGAGGUUUGAAUGGCAGCAGUAGUGGCGAAGCGGAACCUUUGUUUGGGGGUCGUUGCUUCCGGGUUGGUUUUGGGGCAGACUUCCGGUUUACCUCAAACGCAAUAUGGAUGCUAACGGCAGCGCUUCGGUCGUCAUUGCUGACUUGUAUUUUAUUAUCCUUCAGGCUAGCACACGGUGAAAAUGCACCAAAGCUACUCUUAAGAAGUGUACCUCUUAUCUGCUCAGUAUGCAGCACUGUGUUAGGCUUUCUGUGCACCGUUUUGCCAAUAACAGCAAAACUGGAGUUUUAUUUGGCAGUGUGCCAACCUGCACUGGGAAUGUCCUGUGGGGGGAGGCCAUGAUUUCUUACUAACUGGAUUUUAGGAGUUUUAUUUUGCUUUUGUUUGAAUAAUAUUCAGUUUAAGUUGUUGACUCAUAAAGUAGCUCAGAGCAUGAGAGUAAAGUGAGUCCAGCCAAAGUUAAAGGUAGAGACUGUUAGAAAAAUUAUGUUUUAUCAGUAGUUACCAGUUUGCUCUUCAUUUAUAGGUUAAUUAUAUGUGUGAGACAGAGCUAACUUUACUAUAACCCUUAAAACAUGUUCUUUAAAGAUGGUCUUUCCUUAGUCAUAAAACUGCGUUUGUUUGAUUUGUUUUAGUUCCUUUGGACUCCUAAUCUUAUCAGCACCAGCCCCCUUUCUUUUGUUUUGUGUUAAUAAAAGGCAGAGUUUCAGAACACAUGGUGAGCUGUUCAGAGGAGCAGUUCGCUGUGUCUUCUCCUUCUGCAAAAGCUUGGUUAAAAACUCAUAAAUGUUGUCUGUGGUUCUUUCUUUGUAUUUAGGUAAACAAAAUACCUAUCAGAGACACUAUUCUUUGUUCAUGAAUUGUGGGAAUUGAGGUUAAAGUUCAACCAAUGCUAAGUUAAUUUCUGUAUUUGUUUUGUAAAUCUUGUAAUUCUAUUUUUGAUUGGUAUUCAGUUAAAAUCAGUGUACAUUCUGAUGCUUAUGCCAGUUAAUAUACAGCUAAAUGUAGUAGGGCUUUAAGACAGUUGAUUUAUCCUGCUUGAUACACAAUACCUUGGUUGUCUUCAUCUAAGAUGUGUUCCCAAAAAAUAAAUAACUAAAGCUUGGUACAAGGUUCAGGUCCACCAAAAUAUAUGAAACAGGAGAAAUAUUUCCUCACUGUUUUGUCAGUACCCAGUUGAUUGGAAGUGCAAGGAUUUGACUGCUACAACUACGACUAAACAUAGCACUGAAGCUAGCUAGUUAUAGCUAGCUAGCCGUUAUCUUGUAAACAUUUAAAUAAAGUGGAUCAAAAGAUACAGGUGCAUUCCCAAACUUCAUCAGUCCAAGGCCAACCAGAUGUGAUGAAGAGAUGACAGCUGCUGAGAUGCCUGAAAAUAUUGGCAGCCAUGUACAUCAAACAAGUGUAUUAUUUCUUCCUGCAGUUUCCAUGGUGAUCAUUAAAUACUCUUUUGGUUCAGAUGUCGCUCCAGUAAAAGUCCAUUCACAUCCAAAAUGGCGUCUCACAACUUUAUCUGAUGCUCCAUGAUGGCAGUUGUUCAUUAACGUUGAUCCAGAAACUGAUGGACUUUGUCCUCAACACUGCUGAGCUCCA